AUGGGUUCCGCCGAAUCGAAGCAGGAGGGCAAGGAAACCAACUACCCCUACAGCAACAACCGCCCCAUCGCCGACCCGUGCCAGCUCACCCGACGGGCUCUCGAAGAGUGCUUGUCAGACCGCGGCGCCGAGGAGGGCUGCAAGGCGCUGAUGGACGCGCACCGCAAAUGCCUCAAGGAUCAGAAGCCGUACUACCCGGUCGACAUCAAGAAGUCCACG